CGAAGAGAGCAUUUACGGGAAUUUGGUUCUUGAGCCCCCAAAGCCUCUUUUCCACUUCCCCCCACCUUCCUUUUUCCCUCCUUCCUCUGCAACUCACCACCCUCUUUUACGAAACUGAAACUGACCGCUGCUACCUCUGCCUCUAUGUCGACGCAGAAUUGAAAGCACCUCGAACGAGAAGAAAAAAAGGAAGACCCAAAAUGUCGAACAAGUCCCCAAUUUUUCCGAUGCCAGAGCCCCAGCAUUUCAGCGACUAUGGGUUUGACCCUCAGAUUGACUAUUUUCAGGUGUUAGAAGAGGCGAGGAAGCAGAAGCGCGAGGGAACAAGGUCCAUAGACUCCAUCCACUUCAAGCUCCAAAAACCCAUUUCAAAAGACGAGUCUAAGAAAACCCACAAGGGCAAGAAGAAGAAGCGGUGGUGGAGAAGCGCCCUCCUUUUCUUCAAAUGGAAGUGGGUUCCCCACCAUGGUCAUGGCAGUGACGUUCACGAGGACGUUCAUCUCGCCAGGGCUCGAGCCUUCAGGGCCUCCGUAUCAGGGCCCGUGUACUUCACCGAGAGCAGAAGUGGGUCUACCACGCCCUACCGUUCUACUAGCCGGCCUUCCUCGGGUCCUCUCGCCGGAACAUUGAAUCCGCUCAGCAAGGAUGAGGUGGACAUGCCUUAUUUGAGCCUCAGAGAGCUUAACACAGAGCAGCAGCGGCAGCAGCAGAGGAUCUCUACCUCCGCCAUGCCCCUAUAUUUGGUCACUUGAAAAAAAUCAGUGCUUCAA